AUGAAAACAAUAAAUCAAAAUAUCUUUGGGGAGCUACAAAAACCUUCGUUCAACCCUUUCACUCUCACAUUUUCCACCCUCACACCAUUGACAAUGACAAUUCGACAUUCAGAAAAUUUACAACAAGACGAAGUAAAAGAUGAGCAACAGAAAAAUACUUUUUUGGCACUCAAUCAAGAUAUGAAAGUUUGUGGAGACUGGAAAUGGUAA